CGGGAGGACACGGGACGCGGAGCUGGAGCCGCCCCCGGACGGGACGUUCGGUGACCGGCACUAGCGAGGAGAGCUGGGGCUCUGCCCUGGCGCCUUCCUGGAGAGGAAAAGCUGUUCUUCCUCCCCUGGAAGGCCACAGCGCCGCUCUCCAGCCUCCGUGAUUUAUGUGUGACUCGGAGCAGAAUGGAUCGCUAUCGAUACUUCAUCUUCAACCAGAGGAACAUGGUGGUGCUGGGGAUGUUCCAGAUAGCCCUCAGCACGGUGUGCGUCGUCAGCGGGUUCAUAGAUGGCAUUUUCAGAACGGAGUCUCAGCUGGGCAGAACCAGAGCUCCAAUUUGGGCUGGGAUGGUGAUGGGAGUCCCAGGCGUGCUGGCUUUGUUCUCCUCUCAGAGGAAGAAUCCAAUCCUUGUGAAUGUACUGAUAGGUGCUUCCAUAAUCUCUUGUGUUGCCAUCCUCAUCGUAAUAGGUUAUAGCUCCUUCACACUGAACUAUGGUGAAGAGGAUGAGCUGAGUUCUGCCCCAGUCCAUGUUAUCCAUACUAGGUUCAUACUCAGUAAGGUGGUCAAGGGUGCUAACAUAGCCAUGCUGGCUGCGUCUAUCUGCAGUGCCUUUUUUGUGCUGGCCAUGGCUUACUUGGGGUGCCGGAGCCUCCCACGCUGCUCCUGCUACGACAGCGUGACUGGGAUGGAAUGGUUGCAACCUACUGAGGACCAAAAUCAGGCUGUGGAAAUGGUUUGUGCUGUACAAAGCUCUGGGGGCAGAAUUUUUAACUUCCCAGAUCGGUUUCCAGCCCAGGAUGUGGAUGCAGAGGAAGACACAUCCAAACCUCCACCAUACACCAGACUGACUUGAGAAAGUGGUUGAACAUUUUGUUCAAACGUGGCAAGAGAGAUGUAACAAGCUCUUAACCUUUAAAGAUGGUUAUGCACUUUUCCUUGGCCUCUUGAAAAACACACACAGGAAGAGAGAAGUAUUGAAUGCCAAACAUUCAGCAGAGACCACAGUGCAGAGGAGAAGAUCUGCAGGUGGUUUUGGACAUUCAGACUUUGUAUGGUUAAAAUACCUCAUUGCCUCUGGAAAGCGUGAGCAUUUUUUUCCUCUGGCGUUUGUACUGAAAUCAUGUUUUAUUUCACUAGAACUCAUCAUGCAAUUUGUGUAGCACUGCUAGCCCUAGGCAUUUAAAUAUUAAAUACAAUUGAAUUUUUUUCAA